AUGGCUCCGCCAGACAGGAAGAUACUACUACCCAAGCUCGCGGCUGAAGCACCGGGCGAGAUUGACCAGGUACUUCCCGCUACUACCAAACGCAAGGCGCUGCCCCCGCGCAGACGCAACGCUCCCGUUGCUUAUCAGAGACUGCUUGGCAUUGAGCCACAGCAUGCCGAUAUCUUUCAGGACCCGGGGCUAUCGAAUCUUCUCCACGAUAGUGUAUCGAGCCUGGCGGUGAACAUAGUAGUUCAGCCGCGGGAAGUGUUAGGCAGAACAUCAUUUGGGGCCGAUAACAGUAUUUUUAUCGAUCCAUGUCAAAUUUCACACAGGACAAGUGUCCCCAUAAGUAACCAAUUCGCCGCUGAGGCCAUCGCCUUAUAUCUCAAUACGAAUCAGCCCUGGUGGGCCUAUUUCGACACCGAUCUGUUUCUAUAUGAGCUGGCCAAUGCAGAGACCAACUUCUGCUCUAGCAUCCUGGUCAACGCUCUUCUUGCCUGGGCGACUGUGAGUCUUCGAAACUGCCAGGUCUACGUUCAUCAAACAGUCAUCACGAAGCUCGCCUCACAGCAGAGCUAUGCCCACUAUGAACCAAUGGCCACCACACUACCUACCAAGUUUUUAGACGAGGCCUUAUGGAUCUAUGAUGAUGAGAAGAGUGUUGACUGUCUCACGACUGUUGCAGCGACAUCUCUGAUGAAUAUGACGUUUACUACGCUAGGAAAGGAUAAAGCGGGACGUCGUUUGCAAGAAGAUAAUGCCAGGAUGGCACAGCGCAUGUGA